AUGCAGAGAAAUUCUACAAGAUAUUCUGUAGCCUCUUUAACCCACCCCUCUAGUAUCUAUCACCACAGCACAUCCUCCUCGGAGACGUUCCUCACUGGACAUAACCAAGACACUGUACCCAGUCACUGCAGCAGUGCACUGGGCAUCAGCCUUUGGACUAGUGUGUCAGGAUUUUGUUCUACUUUUUUAAUGAAAAUGAUCUUUGCCGAGUAUCUGGUUUUAUCUUCCUUAGUGCUAGGAGUGCAGUUAUUUCUGUACCAGACUCAGCGGAUCCAGUUUGUUCAAGUUAGUGGCACCGCCAAGAUCCACUGUUUUUCCACAGAAAACUUGAAAAGAGAAAGUAGCAUGUUUUGGUAUUUGAGAAGAGAAGGAGAGAAACCCACCUGCAUUAAGCGCUGUUUGGAUGAUCAAAAUGUAAGUAAAUUUGCUUGCAAACAUAAGACGUACCGCUCGACACUGGAAAUCCGCAAUGUCCAAAAGACUGAUUCUGGCAUUUACUACUGUGCAUAUAAAUACAGCAGCUACCUGAUCUUCGGUAAUGGAUCCACGCUGAUUGUUGGAGACAGUUAUACCAACAGCAGCUGGGUGAUGCUUCUAGUCCCAUUUCCACGUGGCAGUCAAGUCACUGGGACAGCGAAUCUGGCCUGUGUGAUCCAUGGAGUGUCUAGCCCAGUCCAUGUUUCCUGGAGUGUUUCUGGGGAGCUGCAGGAACAGGGGCUGACGCGUUCAUUGAAAGCAAGGGAUGGAUCUUUAACACUCAUAAAUCACAUCAGUGUCCCCAUGGACACCUGGACCAGUGGGAAGAAUUUCACCUGUGAAGUCAAAUUCAACUCUUCCGGCAACACUGUGAAGAAAAGUACCAGGUAUUCUGUAGUCCCUGCCAGCGACUGUUCACAUUACAUUGUGCCCCUUGCAGCUGGUACUGGUCUGCUCCUGCUGGUCAUGUCUCUGAGCCUCGUCUGGACCCUCUGCCCUUCCACGCUAGGAUUCCAGCCCAGGGUCUCAGCACCCCCAGCUUCCGAGGAGCACCAGGGUGGAAUCUUAUACGCUCAUCUGGAUUUCAAUUCGCGGAAUCGCAACGGGCACACAAUACAGCGAUCGGCCAGAGGGAAAGUGUAAAACCCUGAACGCUCUAGCGCAGGGGAAUCCACACGUGGGAACUGAUGGCUGGUUCUCUGCGGAUUGGAAGUAGCAGCUGGAAGAAGGCUCUGUCUGUCUCCGUCUCCUUUCUUUUUUAUUUUCUCCACUUCUCUGUUUAUAAAUAAAAGGUCAGAAGAUCCCAACAGAGUCCAGACUCAUCAGGUGGGAAAUCUCCUUUUAGGAUAUAAAGGCAUCAUGGUGUAGAUGACUUUACAUGUCACUUGUGUAUUAGAUUGGAAGCUCUUUGGGGCAGGGACUGUCUCUUUGUUCUGUGUUUGUGCAGCACCUAGCACAACGGGGCCUGCUCCAUAACUGGGGCUCCUGGAUGCUAUGGUUACACAAUAAUUGUUGUCGUCAUCAUCACCAUCCCCCACGUGCAGAGGGAUUCUAUGACCCGGACACAGCUGAACGGCUGCAGCUUCCCUGCAGAGAGUGAGGCCAGAUGGCAGGAGCCUGCAGAGGGGACGUGCAGCCCCUGUAUACGCCACAGCUCCCGGCUUCCCUGAUCCUUAGCAGGCACAUGCUCCCUUUGCAGUAACGUUACAUGGACAUGCACUGGGAUUGUGAAGGGGAAGGAUGGAUGCGGCAGGAGCUGGGAGGGAUGAGAAUCUCUCACCAGGCCAGCGAGGGAGCUGCUAUUCCAGUGCUACCUCUGCAGGCUGCUGGUUCCCCCUCAUGGGCGAGAUUCACAGGCCCCCAUGCGCCAGCCCCCUGCACCAUCUAACGAUAACAACACGUUAUUAAUGACUUGAGCUCUCCUGGUGCCUGAGCCUCCAUGCGCUGCCUGUUUACAUCACAACUUGGUGUUUUUCAAGUUGUCAUUCGAACUGUCUCUCAUUAAAAAGGGUCGGCAACCCCACUAGUGAUGUUUGUGUUGCCUUUUUAACCUGUUCAAUGCAUCAAGCUCAGCUUAUUGUGUAAUAAGAAAGGUGACCUCUUAAAUUCCUUGGGCCAGAGUCUGCUCUGGUUUACAGCAGUGUAAACCUGGAGGAGCUCUGUUAUAGUCAGUGGAGUUACUCCAGAUUUACACCAGUGUCUCUGGAAGCAGCAUCUGGCCCUUUUUAAUCCCACUUAGCCUCUGUGUUUCUUUUGAUGGAUGAUACAACAAAUGUGUUAAACACCACAUGUUCCACACACAUCUUUGAAUAGGGUAAGGGCUGUUUUGAAGAGGAUGGUGAUCAAUUGUUCUCCAUGCCCAAGGGAAGAUGGACAAGAAGUUAUGGGCUUAAUCUGAAUCAAGGUGAUUUAGGUUAGAUAUUAGGUAAAAAUUUCUAACUCUAAGGGGAGUUCAGCUCUGAAACAGGCGUCCAAGGUAGGUCGUGGAAUCCCCAUCAUUGGAGGUUGAAAGAAUACAUUGGACCUGUCGGGGAUGGUCUAGGUUAACUUAUCCAGACCCCUGUGCUAAGGUAGCACCUUGAUGACUUUUCAAGAUCCCUUAAAGCUUGAAAUUUCUGUGAUUCAU